ACUGCCAUCCUCGCAAUAGCAUUUGCACCGCCGUCGGGGAACAAGCUCGGAACGCGACUGUGUGUGUGUGCACGCGACUGUGUGUGCGUGUGGGGGCCUUAUUAUGCAGGGACUCGGGAAGACAGAGAGAGGGGAGCAGGGCCGAGACAUCGACCUGACGUCGCUGAGAUCCACCAUGCCGGCCGGCGGCCCUCUGCAGGGAGGUUCGCCCUCAAAUCUGAACAUGAACCUGUAUGCCACCAAGAAGACGGCGGCGGAGGGCAUGUUGGACAUUGCUCUGUUCCUGGCUAACAUCACCCACAUGAAGACUGUCAUCGAGCAGGGAGCUGGAUACAGGUACUACGCUGCCGUCCUGACGCUCAUCUCCUUCUCCCUCGCUCUGCAGAUAGUGGCCGGAGUCCUGAUCAUCAUCAUCGCCCGCAGGGACCUGAACGUGGUGUCCAAUCAGAAACGACUCGACUACCUGAACAACCUCGCCACAGGUGUCAUCUUCGUCACCGCGGUGGUUAACUUCUUUGUCAGCUUCUUCGGAUCCAAGAGGACGGGUUUCUUCCGCUGGCUGCUGGCUCGACUCCACUUCUGACACACGCACGCACACACACACACACACACACACACACACACACACACACACACACACACGCACACACACACACACCUACUCUCUGUCUCAUUAGUCUGAUAUUGGCAAAUUCCCAUUUGCAUGUGUGUAGAUCUGCACAUGUGCAUGGCUGUGCUCCGUAGGACUAUAUAUAUAUAUAUAUAUAUAUAAAUACAUGGACCAUAGAUACAUGUGUGUGUGGGCGUGCACGCUCGCGGCAGGGUCCUGGCCUGUUUCUUUCCAGGUGUGUGCUUUUGGCCGAAGGGGAGCAGCAGAUGGUGCCUAUAUACAUGUGUGUGUGUGUGUGUGUGUGUGUGUGUGUAUAACUGAGUGGUUGUCAGUAACAUCUCCCUGGCCAAAGAUCUGUUUUCAGCAGCACACACUGCUGUUAAAGGUCCGGGUCGGGACCCAGAGGAGCUGUGCAGUCAGUUUAAAAAGGGGACGAUGAACGGGGGGGCACAGUUGAUCAUUCUAGAAACAAAACGUUUUGUAGGUAGCAAUUAGCAAGAGGCAACAUGUAGAGGGAACAACAUUCUAAAAGAAGAAAUGAGUACAGCACUAGUUUGAAUGUCUAAAUGUUAAAACAAGGCUAAUUCUAUCUCACCAAACCCACCAUGAAUGAACACUGAAGACUGUUCACACAGAUAAAGCUAUGGAGGUUUUCAUUCUUGCGUUUGCUGACUAGUUUUAAAGCGAUUUGGCUCACUUUAGGUUGUUCCUGUAAGGGGAGAGCGUGGAUCAGAUGGUGUGUCCCACGGGUCCCGUGUCCACUGACCUGUGGAUGACAUCACUGUCUCCAGGGUUACCCAAAUGACUGCUGUGCAUCCAUUUAAAAAAGCAAACAUGCUUUAUUUCAUACAGUGGCCAAGGAUGCAUAUUUAAAACAUGGCAACUUUCCAAAUUCUCCACCAUUGAGAUGCUUGCAAAUGAAUGUGUGCUGAGCAUGUGGUGGGUACUUCAGGGUCCCGGGGAAACCAGCAUUUGCCACAGACAACCCUGAAUUCUCAGUAGCUCCUGAGAUAUUUAUCAGCAACAUGUCAGAGCUGUUGCUCAGGAAUUGUGUUCACAUUUUUUGUCAACGGUGUAAAAGUUACAGAUUUAUACCUUUGGAAAUACUUUUUAUAUUGCAUAUAAGGGAUAGUUUUU